AUGUCCCAUAUGUUGAAUAAUGCCACAUCAUUCAGCUCCAAACAGGAGCUCCUGGAUCUCCAUGAUGGCCCACUGGGACCCUCACUGGAUACACCAAGCCCUGUGGAGUCUCAAGACAACAGCCCUGUGUGCUCAAGCCCUGGCAGUCCAGUCAGAGAACUCUCCGGGUUUGGUUCCAGAACCAGCCAGGCAGGGAACGAAUCAACAGACCCCGUGUCUGGAGUGAAAUUCAUCCCUACAGACUCUGAGCAUUUGUGUGGAUGGGGGGCUUUGACCCCUCAUGCCAUCCAGACAUUCAACACCCCACGCUGGGUGCUUUUCUUCCUCUCUGUGGCGUCUUUCCUCCAAGGGAUGAUCAUCAAUGGUUUUAUCAACACUGUGGUGACCUCCAUUGAACGGCGGUUUGACCUGCGCAGUUACCAGGCAGGCCUCAUCGCGAGUUCUUACGACAUUGCUGCCUGUUUGUGCUUGGUGUUUGUCAGCUACUUUGGAGGCACAGGGCACAAGCCUCGGUGGUUGGGCUGGGGUGUGCUGAUCAUGUCCCUGGGUUCACUAGUGUUUGCACUGCCACAUUUCACCACACAACCGUACCAAGUCAAAGUGCCUGAAGACACCGGCCUCUGUUCCUCUAAUUACACACAUUCAUGCGGAGACAGCGAUGGAGCCGGGCUGUCGGAUUACCGCUACGUCUUCAUGCUGGGGCAGUUUCUCCAUGGUGUUGGGGCCACCCCACUUUACACUCUGGGGGUCACCUAUUUGGAUGAAAAUGUAAAGACCACUUACGCACCUGUUUACAUCGGGAUCUUCUAUUCUGCUGCCGUUGUUGGACCUGCGGCCGGAUAUCUGCUAGGAGGAUUCUUUCUCAAUAUAUACACAGAAAUCAACCAAACGACAGAACUGACGCCGGAGAGCCCACUUUGGGUGGGGGCAUGGUGGAUUGGGUUUCUGGCAGGGGGUGCCGCAGCUCUGAUCAUCGCUAUACCCAUUCUAGGAUACCCAAGACAACUCCCAGGCUCACAGCGGUAUGUGGCUAUGCGUGUGUCUGAAGCCCACCAACUGAAAGAUGGGAGUCAGGUGACAGCGUCUGACCCACAGUUUGGAAAAACAGUAAAGGACAUGCCCAGGUCAGUAUUACUCCUCCUGAAGAAUCCCACCUUUAUAUUCCUGUGCUUGGCGGGUGCAACAGAGGCCACACUCAUUGCUGGCAUGUCCACCUUUGGCCCCAAGUUUCUAGAGUCCCAGUUCAGCCUGAGCGCCUCUGAGGCUGCAACGUGGUUCGGUUACAUUGUGGUGCCUGCUGGAGGAGGGGGCACGCUGUUGGGGGGAUACAUUGUGAAGAAGCUGAACCUGCGUUGCCGUGGCAUCAUUCGUUUCUGCAUGGUAUGCGCUCUGGUCAGUUUACUGGCCAUCUUCAUUUUCUUCCUGCACUGUCCCAAUAUACCCAUGGCAGGGGUGAACACGCCAUACCAGAGCACUCCUCUGGAAUUCUAUGAGCACUACGAACGCCUGUACUAUCAUCCAUAUGGAAGCAAGGGCUCGAACAUCAGUUUUGUGCUGCAGCAUAAUCUAACAGCGAGUUGUAACGCGGCGUGCAGUUGUGUGACUGAGUUUUACAAUCCUGUGUGUGGGGCAGAUGGACUGAUGUAUUACUCUCCCUGCCACGCUGGCUGCAGUAGCAUCAACCACACCUACACUCAGUCUGGCAAACAGGUGUUUUCUGGCUGCAGCUGUAUUUUGGGGAACGUGUCAGGGGGGGAGCAGGGAUUUGCUCUGGCAGGAAAAUGCGGUUCCUCCUGUAACCACAUGCCGAUCUUCCUCGCCUUCCUCUUCGUUGUCAUUUCCUUCACAUUUCUGUGCAGCAUUCCAGCGCUCACUGCCACUCUCAGAUGUGUUCCUGACAGUCAGAGGUCUUUUGGUCUGGGCAUCCAGUGGAUUGUGGUGCGGACACUGGGUGGGAUCCCAGGCCCAAUUGCAUUUGGCUCCAUGAUUGACAUUUCAUGCCUGCUGUGGCAAGAGCAGUGUGGAGAACAGGGCUCGUGUUAUCUCUACCAGAACUCCGCCAUGAGUCGAUACAUGCUCAUUGCUGGCAUUGCAUACAAGGCCUUGGGCACUUUGUUUUUCUUGCUGGCCAGUGUGCUCUAUCAGCCCCCCCCAGAAUCUCCUCAAAGCAGCUGUGAGAGCACAGACCAGGGGGCUGGGGAUGGUAUCGGGGGCCCUGCAGAUCUACCAGUCAAAGACCUCUCUGCAGAGAUCAUUCCCAAUGUCCACACAAGGUUGUGA